UUGUUACACAGAUUUCCGGCAAACGAAAUAGCAGCGUUGUUGUUUGGAACGUCCACUAGUGUAACUGUAGGUACAGUUUGUUUUUAUAAGUGGACGCGUAGACCGUAAAAUGGGGUUUUUCGAAAUGUAAUUAGUUUUUUUACUUUAUUGAUAAUCUUCGCUGCUUAAAUAAGAUACUUUAAAACCCUAAAAUUAGCAUUCGCGUUCAAAUACGGAAACACUUGAAUGAUGAACAGCUCACGUAGCACCUGAGAGAAUUUACGCAUGUUUCUCAGUAAAUAUAGUUUGUAGAUUAGUAGUAAACAAAGAUGGCCAGCAGCAGCUCUUCGAACAUGGAUCCAGAUGUUGCUUGGACGUUAUUUGAAGAAGGAGCUACUUUGGUUCUGCUGGGUGUUCCUCAGGGCACCGAGUUUGGGAUUGACUGCAAAAGCUGGCAGGUUGGUCCUCGGUUUCGUGGUGUUAAGAUGAUCCCCCCUGGUUUACACUUCCUCCAUUACUGCUCUGUAAACUCGCCAAGCUGUGGUGGAGAAAUCGGUCCUAAAACGGGUCUUUUCCUCACCCUGAAACCAAGAGAAAUUCUCCUGGCCAACUGGGAUCCCAAAGAAGAAGAUCUGGAUUUCUCAGCCUCCAGGAAUGAAGAGGAAGUGAACAGGAUCCGGGGGACUUUGCGGGAGCUGGAUCCCUUCUUGGGCCCUUAUCCCUAUGAGGUCAUGAGGAAGUGGGUGUCUCUCACCGAUCACAUCAGCGAGAAGCUGGCCAGUGACUUACAGCCUCUGACGGGUCGAAUCUGCGCCUUCAGUGAUGUCGUCCCCGAGCUUCAGUUCAGACACACAAAAGACAGGGCAGAGCAGCCGAGGAACGACACGGCCUGCCAGAGCAUGAAAGAGGGACUGGACAGGCUUCCCAAAAUGAAGCACAGAGAAGGGACUGAACUGCGCUUUUCAGUUAUUCCCAAAAAGACCUACCCUCCUGGGGCUACUCCAGCUGAGAUCACGAAAUGCAGCAUGGACUUGAGCUAUGCCCUGGAGGGGGUUCUGGAGAAGAAAUACGAGAACCAGCCUCUAAACUUGCUUGGUGAGCUGCAGUUUGCUUUUGUGUGUUUCUUGAUUGGGAAUGUGUACGAGGGCUUUGAGCACUGGAAGAGCCUCCUGGCUCUGCUGUGCCGCUCGGAGGAGGCCAUGAGGAGGAGGAAGGAGCUCUAUCUGGGACUCAUCACUGUGCUCUACCACCAGCUCGGAGAAGUCCCUCCUGACUUCUUUGUUGACAUUGUGUCACAGAACAACUUCCUCACCAGCACGCUGCAGGAUUUUUUCCAGUUUGCCACUGGACCUGGUGUGGAUGGGAUCCUACAAAAGAAGGCAGAGAAGUUCAAAACCCACCUAACCAAGAAGUUUCGUUGGGAUUUCGAUGCAGAUUUGGACGACUGUGCACCUGUAGUGGUGGAGCUGCCUGAAGGCGUCACAGUGGACUAAUUCUCCCAUCGUGCAGUUUCUCCUCUUGGCCUCAUACCGGUUCUACAGCAGCACACUGCCACGGUUGUUCUGUGUGGUUCCAACAUGUCUUCUAUUGUUUGUCUUUUCAUAAGGAGAAGAUAAUAUGUUCACGAAUCAUCUGUAGUGAUGUAGUCAGAGAGAGGAGAGGUUUGAUCUGAGGUCUGGUGGUUUUUAUAUUAAAUAAAGUCAGUAACAAUUUA